UCCCUCUUGCGCGCGCGGCGAGGAGCAGCAGCAGCGGCGGCGGCGGCGACGGCUUCUGCGCUCCUCUGACGCACCAUCGGAGAUGAACAUCCCAUUCCCACAGGCUGUCAAGGCAGACUCUCUCGACGUCUCCCCCUCGGACCCUUUUCAAUCAAGUUCUCAACGUCGGCUGAAUUCCUUCCUGAUUUGCUUUGCGUAGCGCUUCGCCGCGUGGUAAUUCGCCAGCUUCAGCGCAGCGUUUGGCAGGAAUGCCCACAGUUGCCAUCCCUUGGCUGGGAAUUUACUUCGGAGGUGAUUUUGUAUCCGCAGCGACAGUCAACGAGUGAUUUGAUUUAUGUUUACACUUCCCGGGGUCCUCGUCAUGAUUCCGGGCAUUUUUGAGGGCAUUCUCGUGCCUCCAAAAUAAGUGUUUUUCGCAUUAAUGAGAAACGGGGAAUUGCAUCGGGGGCUGUUUUGGCAGGAAAUCGUUUGGAUGACGGACAUCGAGAGGCGAUAGCUUUCAUUGUGCAGCACACAUUUUGCGCCCUUGGAAUAUUCUUAGACAGACAUUGCGAGACAGUAUAUUCCAGUCUCAGUUCGCAGUCACAGCCACAGGACGAGUUUGCCCACUGCAGGGGCUGCUGCGGCUGUCGCGUCUGCGCUGCUCUCCAAUACGCGUUUCUGGACGGGCGUCCCGGACGAGCCCGAAUUUGCGAUGCCCCAACAGUGAGGGGCACGGCGGGAUCUCAUCUGGUCACCCUGCACCGUAGCAUGGCUCCAGCCCGGAGGGACUGCAGCGGCUGGGAGAUGCUGCUCCCGACGGGAUGCCUGCUCCUCUGUGUUCUGCUGUCCCCCCCCGCGCUGGCGAAGGUGUGCAACGACCGCACCAAACACGGACAGGACAACAGCUGGUUCGCCAGGGACGGGGAGAACCUGCCCAUCAUGGUGCUUAUGCCCAUGAACGAGUCGGCCCUGAUGAGCAGCAUCAGCCAGGGAAUCGAGCCGGCAGUCCAACUGGCCAUCCAGCAUAUAAGGGAGUCCAGGAAGUACUCGUUCUCGCUCAUCACCAAAAUCUAUGACACCGAGUGUGACAACGCCAAGGGGCUGAGGGCCUUCUUUGAUGCCAUAUGCUACGGCCCCAAACACCUGAUGAUCUUCGGUGGCGUCUGCCCGUCUGUGACCUCCAUCAUUGCGGAGUCCCUGGAGGGCUGGAAUCUGGUGCAGCUGUCCUUUGCAGCUACGACACCUGUUCUGGCAGACAAGAAAAAAUACCCCAACUUCUUCCGCACUGUCCCGUCAGACAACGCUGUGAACCCUGCUGUGGUCAAGUUCCUCAACUACUACAACUGGAGCCGCGUGGGGACGCUGACACAGGAUGUCCAGAGGUUCUCAGAGGUGAGGAAUGACCUGACUAACGAGCUGGAGAAAGCAGAUAUACAGAUUGCAGAUACGGAGAGUUUUUCAAACGACCCCUGCGUGAAUGUCAAGAAGCUCAAGGACAACGAUGUGAGAAUCAUCAUAGGCCAGUUUGAUGAAAACCUGGCGUCCAAAGUUUUCUGCUGCGCGUACAACCUGAACAUGUUUGGCAGUAAAUAUCAGUGGAUUAUCCCUGGCUGGUACCAGGGCAACUGGUGGGAGCAGGCCAACACCACCAACUGCACCACCAAGAAGCUGCUCACGGCCAUGGAGGGAUAUAUCAGUGUGGAUUUUGAGCCACUCAGUGCUCGGCAGAUUAAGGGCAUCUCAGGCAGGACCCCGAAGGAGUACGAGAGGGAGUACAGCCGCGUGCUACAGCAGAAAGGAGUAGAGGCCAGCAAGUUUCACGGCUUUGCCUACGACGGGAUCUGGGUUAUCGCUAAAACCCUCACUCGAGUGAUGGAGCUGCUCCGGGUAAAACAAAGGCAAAACCCCUACCACAACUUCACCGUGGACGAUCGGGAAGUGGGGAAGAUGGUGCUGGAUGUGAUGAACGAGACCAACUUCAACGGUGUCACGGGACAAGUUAUGUUUCGGAACGGAGAGAGAAUGGGCACGAUCAAAUUUAACCAGUUUCAUGAGGGCCAGGAAGUCAAGGUUGGAGAGUACAAUGCGAUUGCUGAUGUGCUGGACCUGAUCAACAACUCCAUAAGGUUCCAAGGUGUGGAGCCUCCCAAGGAUCGUACAUUUGUCCGUCUGCAGCGCAGGCACAUCAACGUGCCCCUCUACAGCAUCCUGUCCACCAUCACCAUACUGGGCAUGCUCAUGGCCGGGGCCUUCCUGUUCUUUAACAUCAAGAACCGCAACCACAGACUAAUCAAGAUGUCCAGUCCCUACAUGAACAACCUGAUCAUCCUGGGGGGCAUGCUCUCCUAUGCCUCCAUCUUCCUGUUCGGGCUUGAUGGAGGUUUUGUCUCCGACAAAGAGUUUGAGACCCUUUGCACUGUCCGGACGUGGAUUCUAAUUGUUGGAUACACAACAGCUUUCGGGGCGAUGUUUGCCAAGACCUGGAGGGUGCACGCCAUCUUCAAAAAUGUGAAAAUGAAGAAGAAGAUCAUCAAGGACCAGAAGUUGCUGAUUAUCGUUGGUGGGAUGCUGCUAAUCGACCUAUGCAUCCUGAUUUGCUGGCAGAUCGUGGACCCGCUGAAGAGAACCGUGGAGGAAUACAGCUUGGAGGCGGACCCCCAAGGCAGAGACAUUGCCAUCCGGCCCUUCUUGGAGCACUGUGAGAACACCCACAUGACCAUUUGGCUGGGCAUCGUCUAUGCCUACAAGGGGCUGCUAAUGUUGUUCGGCUGCUUCCUGGCCUGGGAGACGAGGAACGUCAGCAUCCCUGCUCUCAAUGACAGCAAAUACAUUGGGAUGGCUGUGUACAAUGUGGGCAUCAUGUGCAUCAUUGGCGCCGCCGUGUCGUUCCUGACGAGAGAUCAACCCAACGUCCAGUUCUGCAUCGUAGCCCUGGUGAUCAUCUUCUGCAGCACCAUCACUCUCUGCCUGGUCUUCGUUCCCAAGCUGAUCACCAUGAGAACCAACCCGGAUGCAGCCACGCAGAACCGCCGGUUGAAGUUCACCCAGAACCAGAAGAAGGAAGACUCCAAAACCUCCACCUCGGUCACCAGUGUCAACCAGGCUAAUACGUCGCGGCUGGACGGGCUUCAAACUGAUAACCACCGCCUCCGCAUGAGGAUAACAGAGCUUGACAAGGAGCUUGAAGAGGUGACCAUGCAGCUGCAGGACACCCCAGAGAAGACGCCUUACAUCAAGCAGAACCACUACCCAGACGCCAACAACAUCCUCAGCAUACGCAACUUCACAGAUGGCAAAGAUGGAGAGAAGUCGAUACUAAAGAACCACCUGGAGCAGAAGCCUCAGGCACAGUGGGGCUCCAUGGAUCCCUCCAGAAUAAACAGAGGUCCCCUGGAGGAUAUCAACUCGCCCGAACACAUACAACGUCGACUGUCCCUGCAGCUCCCCAUCCUGCACCACGCCUACCUACCUUCCAUAGGAGGGGUGGACGCCAGCUGCACCAGCCCCAACGGCAGCCCAGGUUCCAGCCCACGGCACAGACACAUGCCCCCCUCCUACCGGGUGAUGGUCUCUGGCCUGUGAGCUCUGUCCGCUCCCCCGCCUGGCUCUUUGCAGAGGAGACAUAUAUGGUUCUUUUUUUCUACAACAAAUAGACUGAUAUCAUCAGCGUAUGUGCGUAUUUUGUCUCGGAACAAGGAGGACAGGGGGAGAGGAGAGGGAGGGGGGCCGAGGUCCGCUCGUUGUACCUCUCCUCCCCGACCUCUCGGGAGAACUGGGACCCUCAGUCGGGAAAGGGGUGCGAGGAGUGUGAGUGGGCUCUGGAUGACUAUCAAACCCCCACAAUUCACAGCGACGUUCAUCUGCUCCUCCUGCUUAUACAGGCAUAUACACAUAUGCACAGACGACCCACACACACACACACACACACACACACACACACACACACACACACACACACACACACACACACACACACGCGCCCCAGCAGCAGAGCGACGGUGGACCGGCCCAGAUCUGACCUGUAGCCUUAUCUGCUUCAGAGGGGGUCGUCCGUUUAUGUUACGUACUCGUCGUAUGUAUGUGCUCGCGGCUACGUUUGAGCUUCUCAUCCAACUUGAGUAUUUCACAGCUUCAGUCACUGGAAACCAGUGUGAAAACGAACAAAAAUCAUCCCAUCCCCUACCCCCCCCCCAACCUUGUGGAGACGUGUAAAUAGAAUAAUUCCUGACUUUGAUGUACUGUAAGCUUUGUAUUUGCUGUGAAUGGACAGUCAACCUGUGGAGCUCGUGUCAGAGGCAGGCAGACACGGACAUUUCUGAUGAAAGCGGCAAAAACACAGCGCCCUGCAGAGAACCAGACACGUGUGUGAAUGAGAUACGGAGGGUCUGGCUCUGUGCAACUGCUGGUGCAUUAGCCCACGAGCGGCAGCAUACGAUGCAUCAAAGCUACAUGAAGCGGCAGCAGGGGCCGGAACCGGAGCAAGACGCACACGACGCCCGCUCCCUCCCACUUUUGCUAAAUUUGCACCACUGGUUCCACAUCCGGCUGCGUGAGCCUUUCAUACCUAACCUGCUUAAUAUGCCCUCAGAAAGCAUGCUCUACCGGAUCCUGAUGCUACGUUAGGAAAUAUUGACACAAGACACCACAGGAGUGCUGCACACUUGUCUUUUUCAAGCAGACACUCACAUGUACACUUAUGAUGCAAGAGAGCACCUUAUGAAAUCAGGUGCUUCACACACUCGGCGUUAGUGACAGGCCCGGUCAUUCCGAUCCCCGCGGAGUCAUCUCACUCGACUGUUAAGACGUCCACUUGAUCCCAUCCUGGAAACUGAGGAGCACGGCCGAGGGCCGCGAAGCCACAUCUUUGGAGAGAAGGAAGGAAGCCGGACGCGACUGUUGGAGAGGAUGUGGGUCGACGGCGUCCGCGGUGGAGUCGGAUCCGGUGGGUCGGCCUGAACUUCCACGAGCGCCAGCGCCGCAGCUGAACCGGUGAACACCCGCGCGCCAAGGUGACGGCACUGCUGGUCCCGGCGACAGAGCAGAAAGUGCAGACGCAGGGAUUUCUCUCAGUUAAUAUCAAGUGUCGGGAAAAGUGACUUCGCUCUUAGCAACAGUGAACAUCGCUGCGUUGCUAUGGAAAUCGGAUUCAGCGCCGCUGGAAUUGGCUCUAGGAGGCUGCACUGAGGGGGAACGGUCAUCGACACGGUGUCGUCAUGUUUUUGUACAACUGCCCUCAUAGGGGGAAAAAAGCAAACAAUGACUCCACACAAAAGGACUCUUUUCUCAAGUGUACGAAGGUUUGUUCUCAGCAUAUGUUUCACCAUCGGUGUCUUGGUUUCUAGUUUUUACAGCGCUUGUCGAGCGCUGUGCCUGUUGUCUUAUAUUGUAGCCUGCAGGACCCACAGUACAUCGGGUGGUACCGGCACUCACCCAGCAACCUACAACAUCGGCCACAUAUCUGUAAAUUGUGCGUGUCAUAGGUUUAUUUGAAUUCAAUGCCUCAAUGCAUGGGACAGUGUGGGAGAACUUGGAGUGGGUUUCCCCCCUCCCCCUUCCACCCCCCGUCAGCUGCCUCUGGCUAGAAACGCAGUCAAUCAGCCUCCGGGUUUGAAGGUGGAGCGGGAGACGAGCCGGAGAUCCACCUACUGUGGGACAAACGUGCUGAGCGCAGGAGCAGCGGAACCCCCAAGCACAGAGAUCCAGGGAGCCACAGCUUCUCCCGCAGCUGCCAACCAGAGAAUCACAGAGAGACGUUGUCAGAAGGUGGUUCUUCCUUCAGGAGAAGAAAAAUCAACUGCACAUUUUAUAUAUUACAUUAUAUGUGAUUGUGUACAAUUUGCUGAUACCCUGAUGAUGGUGUCCAUGUAUGGAAUAUUUGGUAUUUGGCUUUCUCAAGACGGCAUGAAAUCCAAUGUAUAAUUCACAGAGUUACCUCUGUUCUUGCAAAUGUUGUGACAAAUCCACUCAGUGGUUUUCAUCCUCGCACCCAGAUUUGGUUUGUACAUGUUUUCUAGCAAAACAUUUCGAGUUCCUUUAACCUGUUUGAUCCGCUCACACACGUCAACGCCAAAUGUCUCAGUGGACAGAGUCAACGUCAUCAUGUCGACUGUUCUUCUGGUUUAGCAGUCAUUCACUGAGGGCAAUAAAGUGAAGGAAGUAGCAAACCAUCAAAUGUUUUUUCUGGAAUUCAAGAAAUCUUCAAACCUACUUUUUCCAUCCACAAAUGCCAAAUGCAGAUCAUCAGGUAUUGUCGUGGUUGUUUUUACUUUUCUGUGCCCUGAUUUGGUUUUUGUUUUGUUAUUAUUCAUUUAAACUAUUUCUUUUUAACGUUGAUAAAAAAUUAUUCCAAUGCAAUUGUGGUAGGUCAAGGGCUCAUGAUUUCCUGUAAUAAAUAUGUUCACGCUGAUGGUUUUUGUUUGGACUUUUUACGUUUUCGUUGGACGGUCAAAGCGACAUAUACGUAUAUAAUUAUAUCUUUGUAUGUGUCAUCAUCAGGGUUUCUGGACUAAAUGAAACAUGCGUGUCCAAAAAUAUAACAAUAUGACAUAUAUAUUAAGUGGAACAACACACAACACCAUAUUGUUACUGUUUUGUCAGUUUGAUAUGUGGUAUCACAUGGCGUUAAGUUUAAUUAAGAGUUCAAAUGGUAAACAAAACAUAUGUUUAAUGCAACAUGUUCAAGAGGGGCAAUAACUUGUUUUCUUAUUACAGAAAGAAUAGAGAAUAUAUAUAUAUAUGUAUAUGUAAAGGUCUUUACCUACAUUCUCAUUUUUACAUAGGAAAUAUUUCACAAAUGCGCCGCAAGGAUACUUGGCAGUGAUUUUUUAAUUACAGUAUCUGUAACUAUGUUAUGUACAGAUGAGGUAUAGAUAUGAACAAGUUGUAUAAAAUAAGUAUCACACUUGGAACACCUGAACAUUUUUGGAGCCAUUAGUUGUUAUGGGAGGAUGUUCUUUUGUUCUUUUAUUGUCUGAAUGUUAUGGACAGCCUUUACUUUUCACGUCAUCGUUGAAUAAAGUGAGACUGAAAAUAA